GGUAGUGUCCCAUACCCUCCCCCUGGUGCGGGGCCGACCGCAAUGCCUGGGGCUCAGAUGCCCAGACCCCUCCCCUCCCUUUCGGACCCUCCUCACCGCCGCCCCGUGUAGUUUCAGCCUCAGUGUCAGGUGUGCGCGGAAUGGAAACGGGAGAUUUUGAAACAUCACACCAACAGAAAUGGAGACGUCUACUGGGGAAACUGCCGGCCCGGCCUCUGGCCGGUGGACGCUUGGGAGGUGGCCAAGGCCUUCAUGCCCCGAGGACUGGCAGACAAAACAGGACCUGAGGAAUGUGAUGCAGUUGCUCUUUUAAGCCUUAUCAACUCUUGCGAUCACUUUUUGGUUGAUCGAAAGAAAGUCACAGAGUUGAUUAAGUGCCGUAAUGAGAUCAUGCACUCUUCAGAGAUGAAGGUAUCUUCUAUGUGGCUUCGAGAUUUCCAGAGGAAGAUCCAAAAUUUUCUGAAUGAAUUCAAGAAUAUCCCAGAGAUUGUGACAGUGUACUCCAGAGUAGAAGAGCUGUUGACAUCUGACUGGGCUGUUCACAUCCCUGAGGAAGAUCAGCGAGAUGGGUGUGAAUAUGAAGCAGGCGUUUACCUGAGUCAGAGCCAAGUAAAUGAAAUAGAAAUGGAAUUACUAAAGGAAAAACUUCAAGAGAUAUAUCUUCAAGCAACAGAACAAGAGGUGUUGCCUGAAGAGAUUGCAAAUCGAUUGGAAGUGGUAAAAGAAUUUCUAAGAAACAACGAGGAUCUUAGAAAUGGUCUUACAGAAGAUAUGCAGAAGCUAGACAGCCUCCAUCUGCAACAUCAAAAACGGGAUUCAAAGGAACCUAGGGCACAGACACUUCAAGGGAAGGCCUGAGAUUCACAAAUUCAUUCAUACUUCCUGAAUUCCUUUUACCCAAAAAGUCAUCCACUUUGUCCUGUUUGUUUCCUGAACUGUGAAACCACUGUUGCAUUGUAUGCAGUGGUACUUAACUGGGCCGUGUUGCCUCUGGACCUUCAGGAACAGAAUCGCCAAAUCCCUGCUACCUGGAGGAAUUGGAGGAAUCACCCAAGUGAAGCCAAGGUCUUUUGCUUCCUCAGCUGCUCAUCAAGGAUGUGAUCUGCAGAGAAUGGGCCAAGGGUGGGGGUGUGUUUGGUAUAAUUUUACAUUAAAAGGCAUUUAAUGUAAUUUUUUAAAACUUGGAUGAAUGCAGAUGUGCCUGUAACUUCCUGCUUUAAUCUUUCCCAUUACCGUUUGGUCUUUACUCUUACAUUUUCUUUCUCCCUUCAUUUCAUGGAGUUCCUUGAGACAACUUCAGUAAUAAGAAGAAUUUUCAUGCACCUUGCAACUCCCCCCAAACUAAGAAACUUAAUGAAAUAUUUCCUAGCUUCUAGAUAUAAGGUACAAAACUUGCCAUCAAAUUAAAUAUGGAUUCACUAACCAAUUUAACACCUGAUUUCCAACUUUAGGCACUUGAAGUUAUGAACACUUUCAUUUCAUAUCUCUUAUAUCUAGUUAACUUUUCUUUAUCCAACAAACAUUUAUCAAGUGUCAACCAUGUGCCAGGCACUGACAUAGAUGCAAAUGUGAAGACUUCUAAGGUAUAGAGGUAUAGCUCUGUGAGGUUUUUCAUCUUACUGGCUUUAAUGUCUGUUCUGAUAAAUAUAUUGUUUAUAAAAACAUUAUACUGGCAGCAUUUAAUUACAUUGAAGUUGAAACAAAGGCAGACAUUCCCAGAGAGGGCUUAAAAGCAAAUGUGGCAUGUACAGGGACAUCAACCUGUGGGCCUCUCUUCUACAGAUCUGUGCAUGUGGGCACAAGUUGUGCACAAAAGAGUAUUGACAAGCAUUGGCAGCCAGCCAUCAAGAGAGGACUGGUUAAAUAAAUCAGCACAGCCAUGCUACAGAGUAUUAUACAAUUUGUAAAAAGAAUAAGGAAAUGCUGUAAUGUAGCAAUAUGGAAUAAUCUCUAAGAUAUAUUAAAAAGACAAGCAGGAUGUUUAACAAUACAUAGCAUGCUGUAAAACUAUUUGUAUUUUCACGUAAUAGAUCUGGAAAAGUUGUCUGUUUUUCCCGAGCUCUUUUUGCUGUUAACCUCUGUGAAAGAAAUUGGAGUUGAGGGGGAAUGGUUAGAAGAAAUUUGGCUUUUUUGUUUUGUAUACUGCACAUGAAAUUUUUACAACAAACAUA